AUGUCCGACGACGAUGAUUUCAUGCAAGAUUCAGGGGAUGAAGAUUAUGACUUUGAAUACGAGGAUCCGGAUGACGACGAGUCCGGCGACAUUGGAAUCGAGAACAAAUACUACAAUGCGAAGCAGAUCAAGGUCGACAACCCAGAGGAGGCGGUGGAUGAGUUCCUAGGCAUCGCGCCCAUGGAGCAAGACAAGAGUGAAUGGGGAUUCAAGGGCCUGAAGCAAGCGAUCAAGCUGGAGUUUCAGCUGGGGCGAUACAGCGAUGCUGUUGAACACUACCGCGAACUGCUCACCUAUGUCAAAUCGGCCGUGACCCGCAACUAUUCCGAGAAAUCCAUCAAUAAUAUGCUCGACUACAUUGAGAAGGGCUCCGACGAUGCCAAAACCUAUGAGUGCAUGGAGGAAUUCUACUCGUUGACCCUCGAGUCGUUCCAAAACACCAACAAUGAGCGCCUGUGGCUGAAGACCAAUAUUAAACUGGCGCGCCUCUGGCUGGAGCGCAAGCAGUACAGCCAGCUGGGCAAGAAGGUUCGGGACCUGCAUCGGGCGUGCCAGCGGGAGGACGGGUCGGACGACACCAGCAAGGGCACCUACCUGCUCGAGCUCUACGCGCUGGAGAUCCAGAUGUUUGCAGAGACGAAGAACAACAAGCGGCUGAAGGUGCUGUACCAGCGGGCGCUGACGGUGCGGUCGGCGGUGCCACACCCCAAGAUCAUGGGCAUCAUCCGGGAAUGCGGGGGCAAGAUGCACAUGAGCGAGGAGAACUGGAAGGAGGCACAGAUCGACUUCUUCGAGUCCUUCCGCAACUACGACGAGGCGGGCUCCAUGCAACGGAUCCAGGUGCUCAAGUACCUGGUCCUCACAACCAUGCUGAUGAAAUCCAACAUCAACCCGUUCGAUUCGCAGGAGACCAAACCCUACAAGAAUGACCCCCGGAUCUCGGCCAUGACAGACCUCGUGGACGCCUUCCAGCGAGACGACAUCCAUGCAUACGAGGCCGUGCUGAGCAAACAUCCUGACGUGCUAGCGGACCCCUUCAUUGCGGAGAACAUCGACGAGGUCAGCCGCAACAUGCGCACCAAGGCCGUUUUGAAAUUGAUUGCCCCCUUCACGCGGUUCACGCUGCAAUUCAUCUCCAAGCAUCUUCAGAUCUCGGUGCCGGAGGUGUUGGACAUUCUGAGCUUCCUGAUCCUCGACAAGAAACUCAACGCCAAGAUUGACCAGGAGAACGGCACGGUGACGGUGGAGCGGGCGAGUGACGUGGAGCGUCUGCGUGCGGUGGAAGAGUGGAGCUCUGCGCUGCGUGCUCUCUGGCAAACAACAUUCAACGGUGAGGGGCUGCGCGCCGACGAACCCACCCAUGCUGUAUUUCAGCCCGGGUUUCGUGAUGAGCGUGCCCGCAAGGGGCCUGUCAAACCAAAGGGACAUUUUGCUCUAUAG